AUGAUGGGAGCAGCACGUGUGAAACGCCGCUUCAGUGCUGUGGUGGAUGGGCCAGUGGAGGAGGAGGAGGUCAUGAGGCUGGCACAGAGUGCUGCAGAUACAGCUAGGGCAGGGGGGAGCCCAACAGGGUCAGGUACCCCAACCAGCCCCUCCCCGACCCAUGCCUUGAAUGGCAAAACAAUACCUCUCCAGAGUAACACCAACAAUGCACGGAGGCAGAGCGCCAUUGGAGAGUCAGUUGGAGGAGAAGCAGGAGAAGGCGGGGUGAGAGCAGGAGGAAUGUGCUCAGGGCUAAGGAGUGGAAAAGGCAGUAGUGUAGGAGGAAGAGGUAAAGGCCGGUCAUCCUCGGACCAGGAUUCACUCUCUUCCCCCUCCAGUACCAGCCGCCGGUGCACCAGGCGCUCAAGCCGCCGGCCCCGACAACGCUUUGUAGGCAAGGACGGACGCUGCAACGUCACCUUUGUCAACAUGAGCGAGAGGGGCCAGCGCUACCUCAGCGACCUCUUCACAACCUGUGUGGACAUCCGCUGGCGCUGGAUGCUGGUCAUCUUCACCCUCUCCUUCCUUCUCUCCUGGCUGCUCUUUGGGUUUGCCUUCUGGCUCAUUGCCUCCGCACAUGGGGACCUCUCCAUUCAGCUUACCCCCGGCUCAGGCUCCUCUGUGGGAUCAGGAGAGGCCGGGUCUGGAGGAGAGUCUGAUAGAGAGGCACUGGUGGAGGAGCCGUGCUUCCUCCAGGUGAACAGCUUCAUGGCGGCCUUUCUAUUCUCCUUGGAGACGCAAACAUCCAUCGGUUACGGAUUCAGAAGCGUGACCGAAGAAUGUCCCCUGGCGGUGGUGGCGGUCGUUUUGCAGUGCAUUGUGGGCUGCAUUAUUGACGCCUUCAUCAUCGGGGCAGUCAUGGCAAAGAUUGCCAAGCCUAAGAAGCGCAACGAGACGUUGGUGUUCUCUGACACAGCUGUGGUGGCGCUGAGGGACGGGAAACUAUGCAUGAUGUGGAGGGUCGGAAACUUACGCAAGAGCCACCUGGUAGAGGCACAUGUUCGAGCACAACUCCUGAAGCCAAGGGUGACCGAAGAGGGAGAGUUCCUCCCGCUGGACAAUGCAGACAUCAAUGUGGGUUUCGACACUGGCACCGACCGCAUCUUCUUGGUCUCGCCUGUGACAAUUGUCCACGAGAUCAACGACGAGUCACCCUUCUUCGAAAUUGACAAAAAGACCUUGGAGAAUGACUCUGAGAUGGAGGUGGUGGUCAUACUUGAGGGCAUGGUGGAGGCCACAGCCAUGACCACACAGUGCCGUAGCUCCUAUCUGGCUUCUGAAAUCCUCUGGGGACAUCGAUUUGAACCAGUGCUCUUCGAGAGGAGAGACUGCUACCAGGUGGACUACUCAUUCUUCCAUCGGACAUAUGAAAUCCCAAACACACCUUCAUGCAGUGCUAAAGAGCUGGCCGAGCAAAAGUACAUUCAAAGCUCACGCUCGUCAUUCUGCUAUGAGAACGAAGUGGCUCUGCAACUCGUCUCCCCUGAUGACGAGCCUGACCAAGACCCUGAGUGUCCCUCCCCACCGACCCGAAGGCAGUCCUUGGCAGAACAUCUUCACUAUAACUGA